UUCUCUUCUUCCUCCUUCCUCCUCUUCCUUCCUCGGUCGUCUCGUCGCCGACGGUUCUCCGGCGACUUCUCUCCCGCUGAUCCCGCCGGAGACUCUUCUUCUUAGUCCUUCAAGGUCUCCCAUUGUGAUAAGAACAUUUCUUCAUUGAAGUGAUUCAAGACAUGGACGGAAGUAAAGAGUUUGGGCUUAAGAAUGUGGGCUCCCAUUGCUCCAUUUCGGAAAUGGCCGACUAUGACCUCUCCCGGCUGCUUGAUAAGCCACGGUUGAAUAUCGAGAGGCAGAGGUCAUUUGACGAGAGAUCAAUGAGUGAGCUGUCCAUUGGUCUUGCAAGACACUUAGAACACUUGGACAGCAUGUAUUCGCCAGGUGGAAGGUCAGGCUUUGACACCCCUGCCUCAUCGGCCAGGAACUCAUUCGAGCCCCAUCCAAUGGUUAAUGAAGCCUGGGAAGCUCUGCGGCGCUCCUUGGUCUUCUUCCGGGGGCAACCUGUUGGCACCAUUGCUGCCUAUGAUCAUGCUUCGGAGGAAGUUCUAAAUUAUGAUCAGGUUUUUGUGCGAGAUUUUGUACCUAGUGCUCUGGCUUUUCUAAUGAAUGGUGAGCCUGAGAUAGUUAAAAAUUUCCUUUUGAAGACUCUGCAUCUUCAAGGGUGGGAAAAAAGAAUAGAUAGAUUCAAGCUUGGAGAAGGUGCAAUGCCAGCUAGCUUCAAAGUUCUUCAUGAUCCUAUUCGGAAAACGGAUACUCUAAUUGCAGAUUUCGGUGAGAGUGCAAUUGGACGAGUGGCUCCAGUUGACUCUGGAUUCUGGUGGAUUAUUCUUCUCCGUGCCUAUACAAAGUCCACUGGGGAUUUAUCUUUAGCUGAAAGACCAGAGUGUCAAAAGGGGAUGAGGCUUAUAUUGACUUUAUGCCUCUCAGAGGGGUUUGAUACAUUUCCAACUCUGCUUUGUGCUGACGGAUGCUCUAUGGUUGACCGAAGAAUGGGUAUUUAUGGUUAUCCAAUUGAAAUUCAAGCACUUUUCUUCAUGGCACUGAGAUGUGCUUUGGCAAUGCUAAAACAAGAUUCUGAAGGUAAAGAAUGUAUCGAGAGAAUAGUGAAGCGUCUGCAUGCCCUGAGUUAUCACAUGCGAAGUUAUUUUUGGCUUGACUUUCAACAGCUAAAUGACAUAUAUCGUUAUAAAACUGAGGAGUACUCCCACACUGCAGUAAACAAAUUUAAUGUUAUUCCUGAUUCAAUUCCAGAAUGGGUUUUUGAUUUUAUGCCAACCCGUGGUGGCUACUUUAUUGGCAACGUCAGUCCUGCAAGGAUGGAUUUUCGCUGGUUUGCGUUAGGUAACUGUGUUGCUAUUCUUUCUUCUCUUGCAACUCCUGAGCAAUCUAUGGCUAUUAUGGAUCUUAUUGAAUCACGUUGGGAGGAGUUGGUUGGAGAAAUGCCCUUAAAAAUAAGUUAUCCUGCAUUCGAAAACCAUGAAUGGCGAAUCAUAACUGGUUGUGAUCCUAAAAAUACCAGAUGGAGUUACCAUAAUGGAGGAUCUUGGCCAGUGCUAUUAUGGUUGUUGACGGCUGCUUGCAUCAAGACGGGGCGGCCUCAAAUUGCAAGACGAGCCAUUGAUCUUGCUGAAAGCCGGCUACUAAAAGACAGCUGGCCAGAGUAUUAUGAUGGGAAACUUGGGAGAUACGUUGGUAAGCAAGCAAGGAAAUAUCAGACGUGGUCCAUUGCAGGUUAUCUUGUGGCCAAGAUGUUGCUGGAGGAUCCCUCACACUUGGGUAUGAUUUCUCUUGAAGAGGACAGGCAGAUGAAACCUCUGAUCAAACGAUCCUCAUCUUGGACCUGUUGAAGAGCCCAAGCAAGAAGCUACUGAUUGAGCCAACGGAAAAGAAGAGCACCCAAGGCGAGAGAGGCCUCGCAAUUUCAUAAGGUCAGCACGAUUCUUUUGGGGUUUCUGUGGCUGUAGGUUUAUUGAAAGUUUGGUUUCGUGUACAAUAGGCUCUGCUGAGACUGGUGUUUUGCUUCUCAUAUAAAAUAUACAUUUUGAUAUUUUGUUUCCGACAUUUUGGAUGGCAUUCCGCAAAUGCCAUGAAUAUUUUGGGAAGAGGCACCCUGGAUAAUGAUGAAAAAUAAUACUACAAACUUUUCGGAUUCACCCUCUUCA